GCCUCCUAAUAGCUGCUGCCCAGGCCCCUAAUUUGCCAUGGGCCCCUAUACCCCGCUCCUCCAUGCUGCUGCCAAGGCCCUAAUCUGCCAUGGCCCACUAUACCGCCUCCUCAUGCUGCAUGCCAAGACCAGAGUCUCUCAUGGGUCCCUGUACGGGCCUUCCAUUGCUGCUGUCUCUCCCCAUCGCCACACUCUUGCCAUGUGCCACUUUCAGGUCUCCUCACACACUGCUGGUGUGUUUGAAUUUUUUGUCAUAGGGUGCUGGCAAUUACGGGCUCCUUAUUGCUGCUGCCAGGCCCAUAAUCUGCCCAUGGGCCCUAUAUACGCCUCCUCAUGCUGCUGCCAAGUCCAGAGUCUCUCAUGGUCCUGUACGGUCCUCCCAUUGUGGCUGUCUCCAUCGCCACAACUCCUGCCAUGUGCCACUUUCAGGUCUCCUCACCACUGCUGGUGUGUUUCAAUU